AAUUUCAAUUGUUUCUGAAACCCUAUCUCAUUCGCGACUCAAUUCGCCGGUGCAUCUGAAGGUUCUCGAUGGGGAAGAACGAAUUCCUGACUCCCAAGGCGAUUGCGAAUCGAAUCAAGGCCAAGGGAUUGCAGAAGCUGCGAUGGUACUGCCAGAUGUGCCAGAAGCAGUGCCGGGACGAGAACGGAUUCAAGUGCCAUUGUAUGAGCGAGUCGCACCAGCGUCAGAUGCAGAUAUUCGGCCAGAACCCCCACCGGAUCGUCGGCGGCUAUUCGGAAGAGUUCGAAGCCACUUUUCUCGAGCACAUGAAGCGGAGCCACCGAUUCAGCCGCAUCGCCGCCACGGUUGUCUACAACGAGUACAUCUCCGAUCGCCAUCACGUUCACAUGAAUUCGACUCAGUGGGCGACGCUGACGGAGUUCGUCAAGUAUUUGGGAAGGACUGGGAAGUGCAAGGUCGAGGAGACCCCCAAGGGCUGGUUCAUGACUUACAUCGAUCGAGAUUCCGAGACCCUAUUUAAGGAGAAGAUGAAGAAUAAGAGGAUUAAGGCUGAUAUUGUAGAAGAGGAGAAGCAGGAGAAAGAGAUUCAGAGGCAAAUCGAGCGGGCCGAGCAGAUGAGAAUGAACGGUGUUGGCGAUGACAAGCGUGAAGAAGAAGAGGCGGCCAAACCCAGGAUGCUGGAGAAAAGUGACGGCGACGGCGACAAGAAAAUCAAAUUGAGCUUAGGAUCAGUGAAGAGAAAUGGAGAGGGUAACGAGAAGCGUGAGAAUUCUAGGCUAUUGUUUGAUGAAGAGGAAUAUGAGGGUAAGAGUGGGAAGAGGAAAAAAAUGGAAGGUGAGCCGUCGAAGAAUGCUUCAGUGUUGGAUGAGUUGAUGAGAGAGGAAGAGAAGGCCAAGGAGAGGAUCAAUAGGAAGGACUAUUGGCUGUUUGAGGGGAUUAUUGUGAAGGUUAUGAGCAAAGCAUUGAUAGAUAAGGGGUAUUACAAGCAGAAGGGUGUGGUGCGCAAGGUGAUCGAUAAAUAUUGUGGCGAAAUUGAGAUGCUUGAAAAAAAGCAUGUUUUGAGGGUCGAUCAAGAGGAAUUGGAGACUGUGCUUCCCCAAAUUGGGGGACUUGUGAAAAUAGUGAAUGGGGCGUAUCGUGGUGAAAUAGCUAGGUUGUUAGCAAUCGAUGCCGACAAUUUCUGUGCUAAAGUUCAGAUUGAGAAGGGGAUAUACGACGGAAGGGUCCUCAAGGCUGUGGAGUAUGAAGAUAUAUGCAAAUUGUUACAAUGAAAUAUUUGAAUUAUGCGAAUGUAUUGUCGUAUGCAAUUGGUUGGUAAUGGAAUUGGUCUAUUUGGGUUGAAAUAGUUUAAUGCUGCUGUUGCAACAUAACACUCUCCUAUGUAUCUUGUUGACGAUGCUGAGUUCAGCUGUGUAGUAUCUGGUUAUAUAAUUUGCUAAUGAGAUUGUCUUUUUCCAUGGA